AUGCUCCAGAGGAUAGCGCCACAGCUGAUUCAUGAGGAGUUGAGAACAGCACUAGGGGACAGUGCCCUAAUCUAUCCGACUGCCAAACGUUGUGCUGCUCCCUUCCAGCAAGGCCGAGACUCGGGUGAGGAUGACCCCCGUAGUGUCGGUCCAUCAACUACAGUCACCAAGGUAACUGUGGCCAUGGUGGAGAGCAUGGCCUUGCGUAGUUGUAGAAACUCAGUGCAAUACUUUGCCUCUCAACUGGGGAUCAGUAAUGGAUCCGUUGUUGAUAUCUUGCACGAGCACUUCAAUCUCCGCAAGGUGUCUGCCGAAUGGGUCCCGAGGUUGGUGGCGCCCGGGCAGGAGAAGAGCCGGAUAAUGACUUUUACGGAGAUGUUGAACCUUCGGAGCAUAACACAAGAACACAGGAUUAUGCCCAAUGAUUGGCAUAUUACAGCAUAUUGCAUGCAGAAGAUCAAAGCUUGCUGCGUCUUUAUAGCCACUGAGAACGUUGACCCUCUAGGUUCGACGCUCAAGCGGCCGACUAUCACGUAA